ACAGCCCGGCACCGAUAUUUUUGGUGACGCUGCGUUCGGACAAAGGGAUCAGACAUGUUUCGCUGGAGAAAUAGAUGACAUUUCUGUUUUGAAGAUGGGAUUAUACAGAAGCAAUCAGAUGGGAAUUCCUUGUUUGGUCGGCUUACAAAAUUACGCGUGAAAUAAGGCUUCGAACAGGCCAGCAGAGCUGGUCACCGCAACAUGGCAAAAAUCGACAGCGAAAAGUCCUUUUUAACCAGACAGCGGUUGUCCAACAAUAAGCAUGAUGAGGAGCUCGCUGUCAUUGAAAAUGGGGACAGCAGGGCUCAUUCUCUUUGUGAAGACAACUCUGAGAGAGCACUGUCUUCAGAGUCCCACAGAGGCUCAUUCACAGGUGCUGGGGCGAUGGCAAGGCUCUCUUACUUCUUCCUCAUGCUGUGGAACUGGGCGUCUCACAGAGUAAACCCCGAAGCCGAGAGGCAUGACUCUUUCCUAGAGCGCUUCAGAGGCCCUGAGCUUAAAGACCUCUCCAGUCGGGAGAGCAAUGCCCAGUCUGUGGGCUACAACGACACAAUCCGAAAAAGAAAGAAAGAAAUCUGGAUUAUGGAUCCAGCCACAGACCAGUACUACAGAUGGCUGAGCGUCGUCGCAGGCCCAGUAUUUUAUAACCUGAUAAUGAUUGUAACAAGAUCUUGUUUUAACGAACUCCAGGACAAAUAUACAAACCUCUGGAUAGUCUUGGACUACACCUCAGAUGUCAUCUACUAUGCAGACACAUUUGUCAGAUCGAGAACAGGUUACCUGGAACAAGGCCUGCUGGUAAAAGAGGCCAAGAAACUGAGAAGUAAAUACAGAACAACAUCUCAGUUCAAAUAUGAUAUAAUCUCAAUGAUACCCACUGCUCUGUUUCUGAAAUUCGGAUUCAACAACCCGGAGUUCAGAUUCAACCGUCUCUGUAAAAUCUCAAGGCUUUUUGAGUUCUUUGAGCGGACUGAAACCAGAACCAGCUUCCCGAACAUGUUUCGCAUCAGCAAUCUUGUACUUUAUAUCCUCAUUAUUAUCCACUGGAAUGCUUGUAUGUUCUUUGCCAUUUCAAAAACCAUUGGUUUUGGAUCUGACACCUGGGUAUAUCCCAAUAUCAGCCAUCCAGAGUAUGGACGCUUGGCCAGAAAGUACAUCUACUCCCUGUAUUGGUCCACACUGACCCUCACCACCAUUGGAGAGACCCCUGCACCAGUCAAGGAUAUUGAAUACCUCUUUGUCAUUGCUGACUUCCUCACUGGUGUGCUGAUCUUUGCUAGUAUUGUCGGUAAUGUAGGUGCCAUGAUCUCCAACAUGAACGCCUCUCGUGCUGAGUUCCAGGCGAAGAUCGACUCCAUAAAGCAGUACAUGCAGUUCCGAAAGGUCACCAAAGACCUGGAAGCCAGGGUCAUCAAGUGGUUUGACUACCUGUGGACUGAGAAGAAGACCUGCGAUGAGAAGGAAGUUUUGAAGAACCUCCCUGACAAGCUCAAGGCUGAGAUUGCCAUCAACGUCCAUCUGGAUACGCUGAAAAAAGUGCGGAUUUUCCAGGAUUGCGAAGCCGGUCUGCUGAUUGAAUUGGUGCUCAAGCUGCAGCCGCAAGUGUUCAGUCCUGGAGAUUACAUCUGUAAGAAGGGGGAUAUUGGCAGAGAGAUGUACAUCAUCAAGGAGGGGAAGCUCGCUGUCGUGGCAGAUGAUGGAGUCACUCAGUUUGUAGUGCUCAGUGAUGGCGCAUACUUUGGGGAAAUCAGUAUCUUGGGUAUCAAGGGAAGUAAAGCAGGCAACAGGAGAACAGCAAACAUCAGAAGUGUAGGCUACUCUGAUCUCUUUGCCCUGUCCAAAGACGACUUGAUGGAAGCUCUCACUGAGUAUCCAGAUGCCAAAAAAGCUCUGGAGGAGAAGGGGAAAGCCAUCCUGAUGAAAGACAACCUGAUUGAUGAGGAGGUCGCCAACGCCGGCGCCGACCCCAAAGACAUAGAAGAGAAGAUCGUCAAACUGCAGGCGAACAUAGACAUCCUGCAGACCAAGUUUGCCCAGCUGAUGGCACAGUUAACCUCCAGCCAGAUAAGGAUGAAGCAGAGGGUCACUCAGAUGGAGGCCAAAGUGAAAUCCAUACAACCAGAGGACCUGUCAGAAGUAAUGGCCGACAAAGACAAAAAAGUGCAGUAAUGAGUAAUACAUGAGGACUUGACAGGAAACGGAGGGAUUUUUCAUUUAGAGUAGUAGUGACACUUUUUAAAGGCCCAUGUUUAUAUCUAUUUAUACAUCUCUGUUUAUUAUAAUCAUGUCUCAAAUUGUGUACAUUGUAUAUACAGUUUUUGGUGUGUAUGCUAUGAUUGACAGCCAAUUUCAUGUUAUCAUGAAAGUACUUGAGUAUGUUGAUCAGAAGCACAGAAAAUGGCUUUUCAAAGCAUAAGAAUAAUGAGGAAAGGUAUUUUCCUGAUCAGUAUUGACAUUUCCCCAGAAAAUACAUUGAUCAAUCUGUUAAGUAUGAACGACAAGUCAUACACAAUGACUGCAAUGUCCAUUUCAUACUGUAUGUAAAUGUACAAAAUAAACCCAAAUGCAGAUCUGUUUAUAAGUUAUCAGCAUACACUAUCUGUUGUAAAUUGAAAUGUUAUAUGUGAAUAAACCUUAAAGUGUUCAUAUAACAUUUA